AUGUACGGACUGGACAAAAAAUUACAACCACCACGAAAGUACCCGACGUAUGAGGUAUACCUAUUACGCAUUGCAGAUACCGAGAAACCAAACCAUUUUGACUUGCUGUUGGUGACGGAUGAUAGCGGGUCACAUUAUGAAUACAUAUCAAAUUUAUCACGACUUAUUAGCACACAAAAAAAUAAGAAUGAACAUUUAGCAUAUUUUUGCAAGAGGUGUUUUGCAUCAUUCGAUGAGCAAAUUUUGAAACAUAAGUUGAAUGGACGUGCGGCGUUGGAACAACACAAAAUGAUUUGUGGAGCACACAAACCUAUUUUACCAAAAUUGCCUGCGCCCGGAACAAUGUUAGAGUUUGAAGCUUGGAAAAAAACACAACGCCACCCUAUAGUUAUCUAUGCAGAUUUUGAAGCACUUAUUGUAAAAUGUGAAGAAAGCAAAGGCGAGAAUACAUUGGCUUUUCAAAAACAUUCCCCAAUGAGUUACGGUUUCGUUGUAAAAGCUAAAGACGACGUGCCAAUUGAACUGCUUGAAACGUUUGGGAUACCUACAACACCAGUUAUUUUCCGUGGUAGUGAACAUAAUCAGGAGGUAGCGAAACAUUUUGUAUUAAGUAUUGUUGAAAUUGCUGAAAAAAUAGACAAACUGCUCAAAACCAAUACACCAAUCAUAAUGACACCGGAACAGCGACGCACACAUGAAUUAUGUAAAGCAUGUAAUUUAUGUAAAAAUAGGUUUUCUGUGGAAAACCAUAAAGUAGCAGAUCACUGCCACUUAUCCGGACAAUUCCGUCAAACAUUAUGUAAUACUUGUAACCUCAAGCUUCAAACGCCUAAUUUUGUACCAUGCUUUUUACAUAAUUUAUCCAAUUACGAUGCUCAUUUCAUCGUAACCGAGCUGGGAUAUGACACUAAGACAAUUUCAGUCAUUCCAAAUACUGAAGAAAAAUAUAUAUCAUUUUUAAAGCAUGUAAGCAACAUAUUUUCAAUAAGAUUCAUUGACACAUUCAGAUUUCUAGCUUCAAGCUUGUCGACUCUGGCCUCAAAUGUAAUUACUCCUGGUUUCGAAAAAUUCAGAGAAAUUUCUAUAGUUUUUAAAUCUGAAGAUAUGCCUUUUGUUACCCGUAAAGGGGUGUACCCGUAUGAGUAUACAGAUGGGUGGAACAGGUUAGAAGAAUCAUGUUUACCGGAGAAAAAAGAUUUCUACAGUACACUCACAGAGUCAAAUAUUGAAAACGAAGAGUAUAAACAUGCGACAGAUGUAUGGAACCACUUUAAAUGCAAAACACUUGGAGAUUAUUCGGACUUGUAUUUAAAGAUUGAUGUUUUAUUACUGACAGACGUUUUUGAAAAUUUUAGAGAUCUGUGUUUAACUACAUAUCAACUGGACCCUGCAUUUUACUAUACAGCGCCAGGCUUCAGCUUUGAUUGUAUGUUAAAAUACACAUCAAUGAAGCUUGAGCUACUCUCCGAGUAUGAUAUGUUGUUAAUGUUCGAGGAAGAUAAAUAUUUCACGAUUAUUUUUACUAUAGAAUUUGAUUACUUAUUCUCAUAG